GCCUGAAUGCGCCUUGCGCCAAUUUCGUUUGACGGCAGUCGCUCGCUAGCAGGUGCGUUGUGCGCGCGUGCGUCCGCCAUCUUUGUAUAACAGCUGAUAUUGCCGCCAACGCGAUCUUGUUUCAAGCGUUCUGUAGAUACGAACCCGAUUUGCAGUAGAUUUUAAAUGCACAAACAUUUUGAUUGAGUGCAGUGACUUAAUAAACGGACUAAUGAAGAUGACAGUUAAUCGAAUAAGAGUUGUGGUGCUGGGGAGCGCGCGCUGCGGCAAGUCCGCCGUGGUGGUGAGGUAUUUAACGAAGAGAUACAUCGGCGAGUACAGCUCCACUGGCGAUUUCCUGUAUCAACAUCGGGUGGCGUUCGACGGCGCCACGUCUGAAGUGGAGGUCUUAGAUACGUGCGGUUGCGCCAAACGUGGAUGUUUGGCGGAGCAUCUGCGCUGGGGCGAUGCGUUUGCAGUGGUAUACUCUGUGUGUGACCGACGGUCGUUCUUGGCUGCUGCAGAGCUGCUCGCACUUCUAGAAAGAACCCGCCUGCCCGGCUGCACCGCCGUCACCCUGCUCGGCAACAAGCGCGACUUGGAACAUGCCAGAGUUGUCAAAGCGGAGGAGGGUCAGGAGUUGUCGCUGCGGUUCGGCUGCCAGUUCUACGAGGUGUCGGCGGCGGAGUCGUGCGCGGGCGCCGCGCUCGCCUUCCACGCGCUGCUGCGCGAGGCGCGCGCGCUCGCGCUCUUGCUGCCAGCGCCCAGACGCAAGCUCGCCGCAUAUUCUGUGUCUAAGGUAAUCGGCAGCAUCCUGGGCUUGAGCAACAAAAGCGUAAGGAAGAAACGACCAUCACUCAGCAUAUGAUCUGUCGGCCCCGCCACUACUGGAUCUUGUUUACUCCGUGACAGGAGUUUUGUUUUUAUUUCUGUGCUCCCACAGAAAGCUUUGUUAUCUCUGUCGAUACGGAUCGAAGGGAUUUGUCUGCCGGGCCUGCGACGGAGCUAAGGUGGAUUUACGAUGGCUGCAAAGAUGAGAACACAUAAAGAUUGACACUAGGAAUUGAUACGUGGAAAUAUGGCCCCUCUGUAGCCUGUUUACUCGUAAUGCACAGUGUGCCGACGUUUUAUUAUACCUACGUAAUUCAUAUAACUGUAAUAUAUUGAAUGGGUUAUCUCCUUAAUAAAGUAUGUAAUAGUGUGCACGGAAGUUAUGUUUAUAGCAGUAAACGUAAGAUCGUGUUUGUACCCUUUUAGUAGACUGUAAAGUGGCCUUUAAAUAUAUUCAUUAGAGCUACGCGAAGUUCUAUUUAUUCAAUCAUUGUAUUAUAAAUUCCCAUGAAUAUCAAGCAAUAUGUGUGUAUUAUAAAUUAUGAUGUUGUAACUGUAGAUAAGAAUCUGACUGAAAUAUGGUGUACUUACUUAAUGGAUUGAAAAGACAUUUCUUCUAAAGUUUCGAUAUAAAAUUUGAAUUUUGCAAUUUAGUUAAGUGGUUUUGAAGUUGCAUAAAGUUACAUGAAAUGUUAAGAUUUGUACUUAAUAUUAAGAGGCUUAGCUCAAGUACUUAUGUAAAAGUGUUUGUUGAUUAAAAUCUUAAUGGUCAUUAUCAUUUCUUUGAUGUUUGGUAACGUUUGAUUGAAAGUUUCUUGCACUUAACUUUUUCCCCUACAAUGUAAUUUGGAAGGUUUGUCUGGUUAAGUAUGUAAUAUCUUAUUAUUCGUUCCAUUGAUAUUAAAUUGCACUGUCUACUUCGAUGCAUAGUACCUAAUAGAAAUAAGACUGUCCUACAUUUAAUAUAUAUUUGAACUAUUUGAUGCCUUAAUCAUAGUUAUCUAUUGUUGUUAUAUAAUAAUGUGCCAUUUUGACGAACAAAUGAUCUUAUAUUUAUCAAUACAAAUUCAAUAAAAAAAUAUUAAUGUUUA